UCCGUUCGUUCGUUUACUAAUGUCAAAAAAGUUGUAACUUUGCUUGGCGAUAAAACGUAAUGUUUUUUAUUUUAUUAACUUUCUGUGUUCCCACACUUUUACUUAGCAUAACAACAAUCAAGUAGUAAAUUAUAGUGUCUAUAAAAAACACAUUGUGUGUAUUGACGCCUAAAGUUUUGAAAAAACAGUUCACUUACAUCGCCACUGGUGAAUUAAUCAGCUGAAUCAUAAUGAAAGCGCAUUUUAAAUAACUGAAAGUAGGUGAAGUGUGAAAAAUAACAUUGAAUAGUACGUCUCAGUGCUUUAUUAUUGCGUGCGAGAUGACGGACAGCACCUUCGUCGCGAAGCCGGCGCGGGGCUGGCUUCACCCCGACUCAGUGCUCGCCAGCGAUGGAAUCACGUACGCAGUCAGGUAUAUUGGCUGCAUGGAGGUUUUAACAUCAAUGAAGAAACUCGACUUUGAAACUAGAUCUCAAGUAGCAAAAGAAUGUAUAGCCAGGGUAUGUGCAGCAGCAGGUUUAAGAUCAGCUGACAAGAAGCGGAGAGUGUGUCAAGCGGCUGUCCGUGCCUUAGCCGCUCGCCCACGAAUGGCCCACUCCGGCGCCAAUGUCGCCCUCACAAUAUCGUCUAAAGCAAUUACAUUAGCAGCUCUUGAAGGUGGAGAGACUAUAGCCCGUCAUGACAUGCCAAGAGUCUCAUUCGCGUCCGGUGGAGACACAGACUCUUUAGACUUUGUAGCUUAUGUAGCCAAAUCCGUACCACCAGCGGAAUGGCGAGCAUGCUAUGUAUUAGAAUGUGGUGGAAGAUUAGCACAAGAUGUCAUAGCAACUAUAGGACAAGCGUUCGAACUACGUUUUAAAGAAUUUCUGACGAAACCCUCAUCGUUAAAUCUAAACGGUUCGAGAGCUCUAUGUGAGACUGCAAGCAGCGUGCCGCCCGACGACCGCGAGUAUUACAACGACAUGCCCGACAAGUCGCCGCCGGAGGUCACCGCGUCCUACCGACACCCGCCACCACCGCCCCUGGCUUCGCUGGCUUCAUUACCCUUAUCCUCUUGCGAGGAGAGCGUUCGGCACUACGUGAACCAGACGCCGCCGCCGCGCACCCCGCCCACCGCGCUGCUGCCCAACCAUCACACCGACAUAUUCGACAUGCAGCCAUUCACGGCGGCGCCAAUGAUAUCAUCAUCGGCAGCAUCGUCAUCAUCCACGGCAUCCGCCUCGUCCCCGGGCGACGUGUCCGCCGAGCCGCUGUCAGCGCAGGCGCAGGCGGCGUUGUUGGCUCGCGAGCCAUGGUUCCACGGACCCAUAUCUAGGACUACUGCUGAGAAGCUGGUUGUUGAAGACGGAGAGUUCUUAGUGCGUGAGUCAGCGGCAUGUCCGGGGCAGUUCGUGCUGACCGGCGCCAGGAAGGGCAGCCACAAGCAUCUGCUACUCGUCGACCCCAACGGAGUGGUCCGAACUAAAGACCGGGUGUUUGAAAGCGUGCCCCAUCUAAUUAAGUACCACUGCAGCAACGAGCUGCCCAUCGUGUCGGCCGACUCCGCGCUGCUGCUGCGCAAACCCGUACUACGCGACGCCACGUAAGAACUAUAUAAUUAUACAUCAAUACAAUAUAACCCAAAUUAUGUUCUAAGAAUAACGAGAAACGCGAGCCCCAAUGCCAUACAUCGGAUCUGUAGGAACUGAUAAAGCUUGAAUUAAGAAUUUAACGUUUCUUCCAUAUUAAAUUCAAAGGCAUUGUUAUUACUAAGCCUUUGAAAUCUUACAGGUUUCAGCUAAUAUUAAUGUUUGUCACAUAUCGAAUAUCUGUCCCAUUUGCAAUAUGCGGCUGAAUGUACAAUCAGCCCUUGUAUAAAGUACGUAAUUGUUGUCUCGAAUAUACCCACUAGAUGGCAUUUAUAACAAUUCCAUUUUGUAUCGGUUUAUCCGCAAAGUCAUAAAUAAUUUUAAUUAAGUACCAAAGUCGUGUUUUGGUUGGGAUGCUAUUGCAAAAAUUGUGAUUUUCUCCAAUAAACUUAUUUUAUUUUGUAACUAUAUAUUAUUAUAAAACUAGUCUUCACCAAAUUUUUAUUUAGGAGUGAAGGCCGCUAUCUUUUUAAGCAUGAGAUUAGUUGAUAUUUUAUUAAUUAUAAGAAUAAUGUUGCUGUGCAAUUGACCAUGCCAAACUGUAGUCGAGACACAGGAGUCUUAUUUUUAUAUUAAAAUGUAUUUUGCUAAAAUAUCUAUACAUUGAAUGACGGAGCAUGCAUUCUAACACCGCACACAAAUAUAAGAGCUCUCUGCGUUAUAGUUUAAAAUGUUUUAUUAUACGUUUACAAUAAAUAUUAACACAUAGGUGCUAUGAUGGCUUACUUAAAUAAUUUUAAAUUUUAACGUAGUGGCGUAAUUUUAUAAAAAUUGAAACUGUACAUACAACAUCACAUCAUCUGUUAAUCGUAGACUUUUAAGACUGUUAUGUUAGACUCGAAUCUUUCACUGAGUUCAGUGAUAAAAGUUUAAUGCUUUAAAAAUUAUGUCUCUCAGUAGUGGGAGUUUAUAUAGUGGCACAAAGAAGUGUUUGGUACCCUGUCCCGGGGGAAGGGUAGUGUUAUUACACCUACCACGAUCUUCAACUACCGUAGUUAGACAGUUUACUAAUUAACGGGCGCUAUAGGUUGAUUAAGCUGAGUACAUGGACUGAAGCAAGGCAUGACCGCACAAUACGAAAUAUUUAUGUAGGGUAGAAUAUUACUCGGCAGGACUGAUUUUUUAGAAGGGCAACCCACAAAUCUGUUAGAUAAUUAUGGGCGUGGAUCAAGCUGGUGUGGUCGCACCGAGACUGUUGAAUUAUUGAUGUACACGUCAUUAGAAUUUCAGCACAAAUUUAAAUUUAUCUGCUUGUGUAUCACUGUUUAGUGUACAAUUUUAUGCAAUAUUCCAUUGACAUAUAAUGUUAAACGUCAUCAUGCAAAUAUAGUUUAUGCAAAUAUGUUAUCAAACUAUCAUUAUUAUUAAAUGUGAUGUAUUUAAAUGUAUUAAGUGAUUAAAAUAAAAUAUUUUGGAAAAUCAA